AAAAUUGUAUAUAUAUACUAAAAAAUUUUAUAAUUUCCGUGGGGUCGCUUGACCCCAUAUGACCCAAUGUGGGUCCGCCCCUGCAUAUGAAGCUGAGGCCAAAAGGUCUAGCAAAAACAGGCCAGCAGGUACAUUAGAGGUCAAGGCAACCACCUCUAUAAAUAGGGAUGAAAUGAAAAAGAUGCUACUGGAAAAGUUACUUCCAACAAUAAAAGAAAAAUGGCCUGGUCCAACAAGAGAUGUAAUCAUACAGCAAGAUAAUGCUAAACCACAUGUGGAUGUGAAUGACCCGGAGUUUGUACAAGCUGCACAAGAGGGUGACUGGAACAUUAAGCUUCAAUUCCAGCCUCCUAAUAGCCCAGACCUUAAUGUUUUGGAUUUGGGAUAUUUUAGAUCAAUUGAUGCAAUUCAAGACCAGGAAGCACCUAGGAAACUAGAAGACCUCAUCACUGCUGUUACCACAUCCUUCGCAGCCCUCACCCCUGAGAAGUUAAACAAUGUUUUUUUGACAUGUCAAAGUGUAAUGGGGGAGGUCCUUAAACACAAAGGGGGCAACAACUUCAAAAUCCCACACAUGGGGAAAAGUAGUUUGGCCAGACUUGGAAGGCUACCAGAUAAUGUUGGGGCAAGUCAAGAGGUCUAUCAAGAAGCAAAAACAUUCCUUGAAGAACACAUGUAGACUUGCAAGUCAUUGAAGUCUUACUUUUUUGUAUGUACAAACAUCAUGGGUAAAAGUACAAUACUGUAAUGUACUCCCAUGUAAUGACUUUUUUGCACAUAUUUUUGUAUGUCAUGUAAUCAGUGUAGUAUGAAAAUCUGGUUUACAGAUUGGUCAUAGAACAUGAUGUAUAUGUACUACCAACUGAUGUUGACUAACUUUUGGGACAAAGAAGUGUAGUAUGUGGUGUAUUAUCUAAGAAAAAGUGUAGCAUCUG